AUGAGGGCAUCCUCCUACAGUUUUUUCCGGCUCCUCCUUCUGCUGCUACUGCAGCAACGUGUCUGGGGCGCAAUGCACUGGUCCCUGUUGCGCAUAUUGACAGACGAUUUGUUGGAAAAGACCGAUCGAGCCAAAUUGGUGGGCAACUACAAGGCACCCACAAUGCCCACCAACGACUACUUGAUUGAUCCUUCCUGCGAUGAGGACCAAGACGAUGAAACCUGUCAAGCUGCCAAGGCCAAUCGACGGUCCGUGUUUCCACGCAAGGAGGAUGACGAUGAAGGACCACUGGUCUGUUUGGCAUUCUUGUCGUGUUGUGGUCGCACGGAUUUGUUGCAAUCGACCAUGCAAGCAGUCAUUCAUCACAUGGAACACGAUGAACCGGAAGUUCUCAAACGACGGUACGAAAUUGCAUGGUUGGACAAUGGAAGUCCACAUGAAAAACAAGAGCACAUUUCCAGUACGUUUCAAGUGGAUCAUGCUCUGCCCAUGCCAAGGAAUAUGGGGUUGGCAUGGGGAAUGAAUGCUUUGAUGUUUGACAUGUGCACCGCACCGUAUAUUCUGCUCUUGGAAGAAGAUUGGUUAUACAUGGAUGGCGCAGUCGCCGAUCACAAUAUACGUCGCAAACAUGCCAUUGCCAAUGCGCUCGCAUUGCUCGAAUCAAAACCCGUCGACCCGGAAACAAAACGACCCAUCAAGGGGGUAUUUUUACGAACCGAAAGCAACAUUGUCAAAACGGGUAGAGGCGUCGUGCCACAUGCUACUUUGGGUAGUGACGAUAACAGUGAUGAUGAGUAUACCGUGGACAAUUUGGAAUAUCGCAUUUCCUGCAUGAAAUUUCCCGACAAUGGACACAUUUUUGGAGCCUUUACGAAUGGGGCUGGAUUGUACGAACGAGACGCCCUAAUCCACCAAGUGGGACGCAUGUACGGAGAACCGGGUGAUGUCUUUAGUGAUUUGGCCGUCGAGGGCAAUUACUGUUUCCGCGUAGGAUUGCAGUUCUGUGCAUCGCGCAUCAAUAUGGAUCCCACCAUCCCCGAAUGCGAUUUUGACAACAAUCCUCAUGUUCCGCCGACCUGUGCGGCCGUCUUUGCCCAUAUUGGAGGAGGGCGAGGCACUCGGCCGGCACGUCGGAUUCACAUGAAAUGCCCCGACGAUGCUUGGAAUUUCUAUGGAACGCCCUGGUUUGAUCAAAUACCCAAAGAGGAAUGUAGCAAACACAUUGGAACCAUUUGGAAACAGUUACUAUUGAAUGAAGAGUUUCAAAGAAUCAACGACGAAAACAACGAAGCGGUGUUUGCGCGUGAACAAGAACAACGCAAAAAGAUGCUGAGUUUGGCAGAUUUGUUUGAACCCAAAUCCAGCGAUCCAGAGGAAUUUCGAAGAUAUUACGGUGCGCAUGAUGCACAAUAUGCCAGCAUGACAGAUGACGAAAUCCGUAGCUUUCCAACCAAACUGCGCAAGAUGGCUCUAAGUGAACAUCAACUACCAGGAUUCUGGGAUAUUCUAGGGCGGCCCUUGGGAGUGGAGUUUGAGACACCUUAUAGUGAUGAUCUGUAG